AUGGCUUGGAAGCGAGUAAGACCGUCCUUUCUGAGAACAGUUUGUAAAUCAAUGUACAUCGGGGUAUCCAUUUCGCUUUUCACUGCUACAAUUGUAAGUGCUGUAUACAUCGUUUUCUCUUAUCUUUCUUACAAAACUGCCAAUGCCUGCACAUUUGUUCCUGUAAGGUUAGUUCCAUUGAACGUGAAGUGGAUAACGACAGUUUACGAUGUUAUUUUAAGUAACGUCUUUUAUUUCUGGAUGUUUUGGAAUAUGUUGUUCCUUUUCCGCCGGCACCAGUUACAGGGUUUAAAAAUGAACAUGUUUCUUGUCAGCUGUAUUAUGUACUUGUUUCAUGUACUUUACUGCGUAACUCUACAAGCCGUUGGAAAGCCUUACGAAGAGUCUUUGUUACUCUACAUUCCAUUCUACGUGUUCUUUGCUAUCGGUCCCUGUCUACAAUUCUCUUAUAUCGCAUGGAAAUUAAGGAGAGGAUCAAGAAAACAAAUUGCAAUUCUUGUUUUUAAACUUAUGCUGCCUGGCUGUUUGUCGUGCUCAUUGGCCUACGUUGUGAUUUUUUUCAUCUACCCAGCCUACAACAGACAAAAAGAAAGCCACGGCAAAUUAUUAAUUGCAAUCUUUGUUCCGCUCAUUGGCGUGAUUGCUAAAGUUAUUUCUCGAGUAUCUGUUCAACAACUAUGGAACAUUACUCAUCCGGGAUAUUCCUAUGUUCUUCUGGUGCCAACGUAUUUUGGUGCUGCCGUUUUGACUCGAGGUUUACAAGCGGAGCUUGACACUUUGGUUUACAUAGCUACUCUUGGAGUAAUUCAUGGCUUUACAGAGGUCGUGGAACGUAGUACCAUGGUGGUUGUCGACCACUUUUGCUUUCGGCUUUGGAAAAGAACCUCAGCUCCCUGGGGAAGCUUUCGAACUCCUCGCCGCGAAAGACUGAUGGCAGACAUUGCUAUCAUGAGCAUGAUGUUUGAGUCUGCUGCCAUAAUAUCUUUCAACGGUUUGUUAUUAUUUUAUCAGCUUAUUUACCUACAAAGCGAUUGGUUUUCAAAUUUGCUAGUGUCGUUUGCCAUUUAUACUUCAGUUCCACUGGUGAUAGAGUGGUUUUUCACCAGUGUGUCUCUUGCGAUUGAAACACGUUAUCAGAACAUGCCGGUCAUGGCUGUUUGGCGAAGACAGUGGAAGAGACACUUCUUGGUGGCUUUCUUAAAUGCGAUUCCACUAGCUACGUGGUCCAGCGGUAACCUAUUAAGCACAAUACACGAUCACUUUAGCAAGGAUCUGCCACCGUUUUCUAAUGUUUCUUGUAAAAUCCCCUUUUCUUGA